AUGCCGGAUGCCUCAAGCCAAACCAUAUUUCCCCUGCCCGACGAUGUAGUCGCUCAGAUCAAGUCCUCCGCCGCCAUCGUGUCGCUGGCGGGCGUUGUGCUAGAACUUGUCAAGAAUUCGUUGGAUGCAAAGGCCACUAGGGUUGAAGCUACUGUUGACUUUGUUCGUGGGGGUUGUAUCGUCGAGGACGAUGGACUCGGCAUCUCGCCCCUUGAAUUCUCGGACAAAGGACGGCUAGGAAAACUAUAUUGUACAUCCAAAUACCAUGCAAAGGAGCCUUUACUCGGCCGAAAUGGCACCUUUCUCGCCUCACUCGCUGCCAUGUCCCUCUUGACCAUUACCUCGCAUCAUCAUGGGUAUCGGUCGCAGAAUGCGGUCACUUUCCACCACGCUAAGGUUGUCGAGCGGCAGUUGCCGGCGUCGGCCCAUCACGAGGUGCAUGGCAGGCAUGGUACCCGUGUCACAGUGCGAAACCUAUUCGGAAAUAUGCCAGUACGGGUGAAACAGCGGGCGGUGGUCGCGGCCCAGAAAGAAGAAUAUGAGAAGAUGUGUGAAGGGCUGAAACAUGACAUCGCAGGCCUUCUCCUUGGUUGGCAAGGCAUUGUAUCCGUGCGUGUUCGAGACGGCGACAACAAACCCAUUCUCAACCUCAACAUGUCUGCUAGAACAGACCAAAACAUAGGAAAGGUCCGUUCGGCAGAGCUGACUUCCCUCCUUAACAUCCUAACUCAAGCCAACUACAUCGGCAUUGACCAGUGGUCGUCUUGGGUGCCAGCGUCGGCUUCGACCUCUACCGUCUCUGUCAAGGGUGCCAUAUCCCUUGACCCAGCCCCCAGCAAACAUGUACAAUUCCUUUCUCUCGGCAUACGGUCACUUUCCUCUGGUUCUGGACACAAUGAGUUAUUCGACCAUGUGAAUCGUCUUUUUGCACUUUCCAGUUUUGGUACCGUAGAAGAAGAAGCAGUUGUCGAUGCAUAUGAGAAGACGCGGCGGCAGUCAGAUAGACGCUUCAAGAAAGAGGGCUACACCAACCGACAGCUCAAGAUGCGCAAGAAUUUCGAUCAAUAUCCUAUGUUCCACCUCCGAAUUUCGUUAGCAGAAGCUGAUGGGAUAGCCAUGUCUGAAGAUCAGGUCAUAGGAGAUGAGGCGAACUUGCAGAGUAUAAUGGAUGUUUUAGAAGCAAUGAUAACACAAUGGCUAGUCGUUCACCAUUUCCGACCGCGCCAGUCUCGCAAGGGACGGGAUGCGCCUGAUACAGCUUCGAGUCUGUCGAGCGAGACUGCUGCGAGCGAUUCAUCGGCACUUCCAAGACCUGUUUCUACAGAGCAGUUAUCGGUGCCCAAGAACGAGUCUGCAUGCACAGGGACUCGAAAGAGAAAGCACUCGAAAGAUUUGAACUCAAAUGAGAACUCUAAAAAACACCAUCAAGCUUUUGCAACAUGGUCGCGCAUCAAAAGCGCAAAAUCCGAAUUCUUCAAUAGCCUGCCCACCAGGCCGAAGCUAGGAAUCCAGAGUGGCGUUGAACAAAAUUCGCGUGUCACCGUUCAGAGUCCUGAUGAAAAUAACCAUUUUGCCUCACUCGUCAUGAAACCUAUUGCCCAAGGUGCAUUGAGCGUACCCACGGCACGAACCGUCCUUCCUUCUAUGGGCAAAACUUCAAAUACUGAAGAGAAGGAGAACGACGAUAGUAUACCUUGGACGGAUCCCUCAACUGGAAAAACUCAUCUUUUGAAUUCCAGAACAGGUUGCGUCAUGCCAAACGUUCAAACGCAACCGAGUACAGACCCCUCUCCAAAUACGUUCAGGUUUGAUCAAAGGCCGAUAAACAAGUCAGUUCGUCUACCGAGUCGAGCCUCGACAGCUACAGCAAAACCCACGCCCUGGUUAGACAAUAUGCUCCAAAACUGGGAAAACCCCAUCUUCAAGCCGAGCGAACAGCGUAUCCAACAAAUCACAAACGACCAAGACAAACUCAGUCAUCACCACAACCAGCUCACGCACAGCUGCUCCCAUCUCACUGACACAUCCUUUGACACAAACACCACCAGCAUCUCCAGCAAGCUCUCCAAAACAGGCCUCCAAAACGCCCAAGUAAUCUCCCAAGUCGACAAGAAAUUCAUCCUCGUCAAAAUGCAACCCGCAUCCCAAACCAGCGACACCCUCGUCCUCAUCGACCAACACGCCGCCGACGAACGCAUCCAAGUCGAAUCCCUCUUCCAGCAACUCUGCACGCCCUCCCCUCAACCUUGCUCCUCGCAACUCGGCCACAAACCCGGUAUUGUAUCCCUCACCCUCGAGAAACCACUCAGUUUCGCCGUGUCACAGCAAGAACAACUUCUUUUCAUAACGUAUGCUGCGCGUUUCGCUGCUUGGGGUGUUUUGUACGAUACACCACCGACGCCCUCGUUGAGUCAAGCAUCUCUUGAGGCGCGGAAAAGGAAGGGUAAAUAUGAAGCACUACUAUUGGUUACUGCGCUUCCACCUGUGAUUGCUCAACGAUGUGUGGCGGAUCCCAAGGUUUUGAUUUCGAUGCUUAGAUCUAUGGUUUGGGGGUAUGCUGAGGGACGUAUUACCUCUCUCCCUGUUUCUACUACUCCUUCUAUCCCAGAAGAAGAGGAUUCGACGAAAGAGAACAAGGCUUGGGUUCGUGCCUUAUUGACUUGUCCGGCUGCCCUUGUCAAUCUCAUCAACUCCCGUGCAUGCCGUUCUGCAAUCAUGUUCAACGAUGAGCUGAGUCUUGCAGAGUGUAGGGAGUUGGUUGGGAAGUUGGCAGAGUGUGUGUUUCCCUUUAUGUGUGCGCAUGGUAGGCCGAGUAUGGUGCCGCUUGUGAGUCUGGGUGAGCGAGAUGGGGAGAGAGUAGCAUGUGCAUUGGGGGAUCACGGUGGGAGUGGUAAGAGCUUCUUACAGGCUUGGAAGGACUGGAAGAGUUCAAGUUAA